AUGACCAGAAAGAGAAGGAAUCACGGACGCGCCCUCCACGGCCGCGGCCACACUAAGCCCAUCAGGUGCGACAACUGCCACAGGUGCACCCCCAAGGACAAGGCUGUCAAGAGGUUCCACGUCAGGAACAUCGUCGAGACUGGUGCCGUCAGGGAUAUCCAGGAGUCCAGCGUCAUUGAGUCCUACAAGCUCCCCAAGCUUUACGCUAAGCUGCAGUACUGCGUGAGCUGCGCCAUCCACUCGCGCGUCGUGCGCGUCCGCUCCAAGGAGGGCAGGAGGGACAGGAGGCCCCCGGAGAACAUCAGGGAGAGGCAGCAGCGUGAGCUCCAGAGGCUUCAGCGCGAGGCCAAGGAUCUCGAGGGCAGGAAGUAA